AUGCCCACUCAAGAUUCACCUCCCGUCUACUUUGAGCCCUCCGAACCACCAACCAUACCCGUGUUAAUUAGCCAGACCGAGGUUAUCCCCCAACACUCCUCCGUCAACUUAGUCUCUAUGAUUGUGCUUACACCAACGGAGACGACUGAUUGCUUGAAACUCUCGGUACAGGCAACAACUCCUCACCUUCGCGACGACACGCUCAAGACGGCUCGCCUAACGCCGUACGAGAAGCCGGCUCCGAAGAAGGUUUUCAUACAGGCAGCGUCAGCCUCGCCUGCUAGCCAAGUCUCGGCAGAGUCGUCUCUUACCUCGAUUGCUUCAACGGUUAACGCGGAGGACAGUGCCCCCGCAUUGAUCCCUAAACCUUCCGGUGAAGCUGGGCGCCCUGGAAGGGGUGAAUACAACUUUGAGGACAAGCUCAGGAAGUAUGGUUGGUCUGAUGCAACGUUAGAGAAAUUCAAGGUGGAGGCGGGCCAACAAGUUGAGCAGCACCUCAACAUCAAGAAGAGCUUCACAUUCCAAUCAUUGCCCGCGCUUGAUACUAUUUGCGAGCAUCUCGUUGCCAAGUUUCCCGAUCUCGGUGCAUACGAGAACACGUGGCCUGUCGAGGAUGCCAUCAGGGCCAAGCUCAAGUACACAUUGCACUGUGCGCGUCAGAAGAAGGCUUAG